GUGGAGACAGGCACUCUCACUGUAGUCUUCAUAGGGUAAGUUGAUUUAUCUGCAAACAAACUCCGGUUUACAGCAGGAUUUUAAACAUUUUUAUAGCAGCAUCUUUGUACGAUCCCUUUAUUUGCAUUGCCCCUCAGGGGUGGGUUGUGCUUUGUGAUUGAUCUGCUUUGAAGUGUUGUUGCUUUUUUUCCAGUGUUGUGCUUAGGAAACUAGUUUUAAUUCAUGUUUGCUCGCAUAAAUCUAUUCUGCUUUGUUGUUUUGUUAAGGAAAAUGCAUAUAUAUGGAUUGAAAAAUGUAUAUUUGAACAGCUCAGAACUCUAUUGCUUUGCGACAGACACCAGAUUAUAGAGCACUGGAAAAUUCCCGGGAAAAAAAUAGAAAAUAGUAUAUAUUAAAACUAACCUCGGAAUGGUAACUGUUUGUUUAGGUGGAAGCAAAGAUAUGAUGCCCUGCAGUCAUUUUGCAGCCAAAAUAGUCCUGAAGAGAGUCAUACUUUGGGAAAUAAAAAGAUUUUUUUUCCGUAAAGAUUCGUUUUAUUAUCCUGUAUUUUGUACUUGCCAGAGCUUCUUUGUUUCAGCCAAAGUCACCAUCUACUGAGGAAAUCUGUAUUUUCGUCUGCAUUUGGGGAUAUUUUACUCUAACCAGAACAGUGCUUUGCCAUACAGCUGUGCUUCUCCAUGGGCUGGUCUUGCACUGUUUGUUUACUUUGACAGAAAAUCAGAAUGCUUGUCAGAGAUGUGGGGCUGUCAUAUUUAUUAUGUAUGAAUUCUUUGGAGUCACUGCCUGCACAACCUGAUGUUGCCCCAAGAGCUGCUGGUAUCACAGCACAAAAUGAGAUGAUUUGGAGCUGGAAUCUAAAAAUCAGUGCACUGAAACAGGAUGAAACCGAGAUGCUCUCUUAUCUCUAAGCCCCAAGAAAUGCACAUAAAAUACGGCAUUUUUUUCAUUUUGGCAAUAGCAAAGCUCACUCAUAAGCAUAAGACAAGUAUCACCUGUAAACAGCUGAAGUGGAAAGAAAUAGAAAGGAUGAGAGGGAAAGCACAGCCUCAUCCUGGGUCCUGUGAGACCCUCCGUGAUGUUUUAAGGCACAGUGAGUUAUGCUGCAAGAAUCAAUGAGCCCAGAGACCAUCACCAAUUAUUUCCAGGGAGAAACAAGUGGUUCCGUGGGGUGCAUCCACAGGACUGGAUAAAGCAUACCCGCUGAAGUACUCGCUGUAACUGUCAGCAGCUUUGAUUUGCAGCAGUUUGGUGCAGCAGCACUGUAUGAUCCAACCUCUGCCACAUCCAGGCAGGGUCAGAACACAGUGCAAUCACAGUCUGGAUGACAGGGCACAGGCUAUUUGGCAUCCAAUCUCCUCACAACAUAGUUUCCAGACUGAAAAUCUGCUUAUAUUUUAAACUUUCCAUGCGUAGUUCACUAUCUGAUGUUCUGUACUUUACUUUAUCCCUGAUCAUCAGUAUUCCUCUCAUCUCCCUUUUCAUGGUUCUCCUCACUUGCCUGUAUGCUAUAUUGGGGGUCUGAGCUAAUGGAACACCCUGGAAGAAUAUCCAGUGGCUUUAGAGCAUCAGCCUUUGGAAAACAGAUCAGCCCAUAGAACGCCGCUUGCUUACUCUUCUGUUUAAACUUCAGCCACCUUUAAAGACUUAUUAAUUUAUUUGUCUGAGUCCACUUUCUGCUGAUGGGUCACAGAACAUCUCUUUCUUAGUUCAAAUGACAGAAGGUGAUAUUACAUGAACUUUCAUUCACGACAUUUGAAUGUCAAAGCAAAGUAAGGAGAUAAUGUUAACUGAAGGGGACUUUGUUCAGCUGCCUUGUUUGAAAGUCACUUUAUGUUUUAUUCCAUUCCAGCAAGAAAGUUUGCCUCUGACUUCACAUCAUGGGAACUCAAACAUUCUUCCAGCACAGAGAGGAAGAACAAAAGGAGGAGAGGCAGCAGAGGUUGCAGAUGACCUCCAUGACUAGCAAAAAAAGGUUCAAAACCAGUGAGGAAGAAGAAACUUUCAGCCUUUCGGAGUUAUCCAUAGCAGCUGCCCUUGCCUUGGCCUCUGAAACACCACGGAAUUACAAGCUAAGAAGAGAAGCUGCCAUCUUAGAGCUUGAGCAGAGGGGACAGAAGAGAGUUUGUUUUGGGAACGAGAUGGAAAAGUUGGAAGAGGAGGUUAUUAAGAACUGCAGACUGCUGCGUGUGAGAGCUGACCGGAGAGCGCUUCGGAGGAAGGCUGUAGAAAAGGCACACAGAGAGAAGGAAUACAUUGAGCUGUGUUCGGGUCGAGCACCUAUGUUCUGGAUCCCCCUCAGAGUACACGCAGUCUGGGAGAGGAUGGAAGUGACACUGACAUGCACAGUCCUGGCUUCCCCACUGCCACAGGUGACCUGGUAUAAAAAUGGAGUCCCCAUUGACCUCCGUUUAGCCCCAGCAGGAAAAUACAAGAUCAAAAACAAGUUUGGGAUGUUGACUUUGCGCAUCAGCAGAUGCUCCAUGGAAGAUUCUGCUGAAUACAGUGUUGUAAUUGAGAAUCAGUAUGGCAAGGCUUACUCGUUUGCUACAGUGCUUGUCAGGAAAUAUUAUGGAAAGGAGUCGGGAUUUGAUUCAGAAAUAUACAGGAGAUCCCUUAUUGCCAGAGAGGCAGAUUUUGCCUUCUCGCUGAAACCACUAUUUUCAAGAGAAAAGGAACCUUUCACCCUCUCCUGUUACUUCACUUCUGAUUUACUUGAACACCAACGAAACGUUACCUGGUUCAGAGAUGGUGAGUUGCUGCAGAACUCAGAACGUCAGGAACUGAAGUAUCAAGACCAGGAAGCUUCUCUGAGAGUACCAUGUGCUUACAAAGAAGAUGAGGGAUUCUACACAAUCCGCAUCCCCUCACUGGGUGGAUGCAAAGAGCAAACCACUUACGUGUUUGUUCAAGAUGCUGCAGCAGAAUCAGCUGGUGCACCUGGAUCCCCUCUCAAUGUGAAAUGCCACGACAUAAAUAAGGAUUGCUUGAUUCUUUCUUGGAUAGCACCCAGUGCUAAUGGAGGAAGCCCAAUCCUUGGGUAUUUUAUUGAAAGGUGUAUUGCUGGGUCAGAGAACUGGGUCCCAUGCAACGAAAAGCCUACAAAAACCUGCAGAUACCCUGUGCUGGGCCUUGCUGAAGGACAAGCAUAUCAGUUCCGAGUGAAAGCUGUCAAUAAAGCAGGGAUCAGUCAUCCUUCAAAAACCAGUGAUCCAGUUAUAAUGUAUGACCCCAGCAAGGACAAGAGAGUGACAGUUAUUCCAUAUGAUGAAGGCAAGAUGAUAGAAAUUUUCAAGGAUGACCUAGAAGGACACAUUAAGAUUCCCCUGCCACCCACCAAUGUUCACACAACUGAGGUAAGAGAAGAUUAUGUGGCUUUGGCCUGGGAUGAACCGGAUCCAAGAGGCAGAGAAUCACUGCAAUAUUAUGUGGAAAAGUCGCUUGUGGGCAGCAACUCCUGGCAAAUGGUUAAUCUGGAUAUGCCAGUUAAUUCCCCAAGAUUUGCACUCUUUGAUCUCAUUAAAGGAAAACCAUACAGCUUCCGAGUGCGGUCUGUUAACAAGUAUGGAAUCAGUGAGCCAUCCCUGCCCAGCGAACCCAUUACUGCUGGGGCAAAACUGGCUCCUUUACCACCACCAUCUCAGGUUUUAGCUUUCAGAGACACCAAAACAUCUGUUGCUUUGCAGUGGGAUAAACUAAAGGAUGGUCUGGAACCUCUGGGCUACUACAUAUAUUGUCGGGAGUCUGGGACAGAAGAAUGGCAAACCGUCAACAAUAAGCCCGUGAUGUGUAAUGAAUUUACUGUUCCUGGGCUGAAGCCUGGAAAGGAGUAUGUCUUUUGUGUGAAAUCUGUCAGUGAGGCAGGAUUGAGCGAAAGCUCUCCAGAAACAGACCCUAUCAUUGUAAGGCCAGCAAUAGCUCGCCCAUCAGCACCAUGCGGGUUUGUUCUGUUGAGCUGUGGGAAGGCCAACAUGACCAUCGGCUGGAAACCCCCAAAGCAUAAUGGAGGAACAAAGAUUCUGGGUUAUUUCCUAGAUCAGCAUGAUGCAUCUGAGCUAGACUGGCAUGAAGUCAAUAUUCAGCCAAUUCCUCAACGAGUUUACACGGUUAGCAACCUUGAGGAAGACCACCUGUAUGAAUUCCGUGCGUGUGCAAUGAACAUGGCAGGUGUUGGGGAAGUAUCUGAACCCAGCGACUUGUUCAAAUGUGAGGAAUGGACAAUGCCAGAACCAGGUCCUCCUUAUGAUGUGAAGUUCACUGAAGUGAGAGAUUCCUCCCUGAUGUUGCACUGGCAAGCACCACUGUACAUAGGUGCAGGUCCAAUUACAGGGUAUUAUGUAGACAUGUGUGAAGAAGGGACAGAGGAAUGGAAGCAAAUAAACAAGCAGUCCACAGCCACCACUCAUAUGAAGGUUUCAGACCUAGACACAGGGAAAUGCUUUAUUUUCCGAGUAAGAGCACUGAACAAGGCUGGAAUUGGACCCCCUUCACUCCCCUCGGAUCCUGUGGUGGCUAAAAGCAAGCCUGGCACAAAUGAAAUUGAACUCGGGGUAGAUGAAGAAGGGUUCAUUUAUAUGGCUUUUGAAGCUCCUGAAAAGAAUGACUCCUCUGAAUUUAUCUGGUCAAAGGACUAUGAAGGACCACCAGAUGCUGACAGAGUUUGGACAGAAGAAAAAGGCAAUAAAUCUAAGCUUAUACUGAAAGAUCCAUCAGAAAAGGAUCUGGGAAUAUAUUCAGUGGAGGUCACGGAUGUAGAUGAUGAUAUCUCUGCCAGCUGCACUUUAACACAAGAAGAUCUGGACAAGUUACUGAAACGUAGCCAUGAAAUCAGGAACCCAUUAAUAAAGCUGAUAUCUGGAUGGAAUGUUGAUGUUCUGGAGAAAGGAGAAGUGCGGCUGUGGUUGGAGGUUGAAAAGCUGUCACCAAAUGCAGAGCUGCAUUUAAUCUUCAAUGAGAAGGAGCUUACAAGCACGCCAACACAUAAAAUAAACUUCGUCAAAGGAAAAGGUCUGGUUGAACUGAUAAUCCAGAACUUCUGUGAUGAUGAUAAAGGAGUGUACACAGCCCAGCUGCAGGACGGAAAAGCUAAAAAUCAAUUCACCCUUGUUCUUCUAGAUGAAAGCUUUGAUACAGUUGCAAAGGAAGCUGAUGCAAAACAGAGAGAAUGGAAGAAAAAGCAGGGUCCAUAUUUUGUAGAGAAUUUGAAAUGGAAGGUUACUGAGAACUGUGAAGUGCUCAUUACCUGCAAGGCAACAAAUCUGAGAAAGGACACCAACUUCCAGUGGUUCUUCAAUAAGAAAGCCCGAACAGAUGGUAUGUUUGACCCACAGACUGGGAUAGGAACUCUUCAUAUUGAAAAGAUAACCAAAGCAGAUGAAGGUCAAUACAAAGCAGUUGUUUCAGAUGACCGAGGAGAGGACUACACCCAACUUGAUCUCAUAAAAGGAACCUUUGAAGACCUUCUCAAGGAGCUGUGCAGGAUCAGUGCUCUUUCUGCUACACCUCUGAAAAUUCAGCCUACUGAUGAAGGCAUCAAAAUCUACACUGAUGUCAAGUACUACACAGACUACAUGAAAACAACCUGGUUUCACAAGGAGAAGCGACUGGAAAUUCGUGACAAACUGAAAGCUGGGAGCACAAUGAAUCAGAUCUGGCUUCACAUACUGAACCCAACAGAUACAGACAAAGGAAAAUACAUUCUGGAGUUAUUUGAUGGGAAUGACUCUCACAAGUUGUCAACCGACUUGUCUGGGCAAGUCUUUGAAGAUGCCCUGGCUGAGCACAGAAGGCUAAAAGAAGCAGCAAUAGCAGAAAAGUGUCGCGCCAGAGUUGUUCAAGGUCUGCCAGAUGUAGCUACCAUCAUGGAGGAUAAGACCCUGUGUUUAACUUGCUGUAUCUCUGGAGAUCCUUACCCAGAAAUCACUUGGUUCAAAAAUGAGAAAACUAUCAUCUUUAAAGAUCGUUACAGAAUGGAUGUGAAGGGGACAGUUAUCACAAUUACUAUAGAGAAAGUCUGCAAUGAAGACACAGGAAAAUACAGCAUCUAUGUAAAGAACAAAUAUGGCUCCGAAACAGGGCAGGUUACUGUCAGUGUCUAUAAGCGUGGAGAGAUACCCAUCGGAGUAGAAGAAAAGGAAGUCCCAAGUGAGACCAUAACAAGAAAGCCUAAAUGAUCGAGUCAACUGUAUCUCAGUGAAUUUAAAAGGAAUUUAAAUCCUUUAGAUUCAUUUGAAUGUCUCCACCCUAAAACUUAGGCUCAUAUCUUUAUUUUUGUUUCAGUAAUAUUGUAGUAUCUCUACUUCUUGGUUGCUAAAAAACAAUUCUCAUUUGUAAGUGUAUGUGUGCACAUGCACUCACUCGCAUGCUCUCUUUACAGAGAAACUGCUUCCCUGUAAAACAUGCAGUGUAGGAAAUACCAGAGGGUUCACAUACAUGAGAACCAAGCUAUUAGUAUAGGGGGUUUUUGUAUUAAAUCCUUGUGUGUUACUGAUUAUCUUGUAGCUGAGAAAUGCUUACAUCUAUGUUAUUAAACUUACAAACUGACACCUUAGCACUGUUGUCAAGUACAUCCAUUUUGAAAUUAGUCAGAAGUUUCCUAAGUAUCACGUGGAUUGAGGCUGCAAGUGUUGGCCUUCAUAAACAUGAAUUGUAUGGAAGAAAACAAGGCAGCGACAUUCCCAAGGCUUGGAGCUUUGCAAAGCAACGCGGUCAGCUUCCCUCUGGACUGACAUGCUGUAAUUGUUACACAAGAGGGCAGAGUGAAAGCCCACAGAGGUGGAAGGCACUGUUCACACUGCGCUAUGGUAAGGCAGAUAAUCAUGUCCUAGAAUAACUCCAUUAUCAACACCCAGGUUUUACAGCCAUGUGGGUGACACCCCACACACACAUACAGUGUUAUCCAUUACCAGGACCUCAUCCUUGCUACUCAGGCAACAAGGCAUUAUUCUGUGCAAAUGAAAUUACAAAAUUGUGCAUCUUGAUUUAGAAUAUAUAUGUAUUCAGAAUAAAAAAUUAAUACAGAAAAGCAUUUAGACUGGUAUUGCGAAGUAGCUCUGUACACAUUAUAGAGUGUACGGCAUUUCCUUCUUGGUUUCUCAGUGUCAAGUUUAGCUACCCAGAGACAACAGUGCUUUUUAGAGGACAACAAAGCGAUUACUAGAAAAGCUUUAUCUCAAUCUUUGAUUUCACAGUAUUGUUCAGUUUGGACGUCCGGAGAUCCAAUUGUGGAAAUCCUGCCCAAGCACAGUUAACUACAGCAAGUUGCUAGGACUAUUUUACACAAAUAAUGAGGGUUUUUUUUUAAACCCAGAGACUAGUAUGUGUACAUGAGGAGUCCUUGAAGAAAAUAUAAGUUACACUUGCUGGUACAUGGACAGCCUGCAGUGAUAAAAAUUUCCCAAAGUCACAAGAAGCAAGUUAGGUAUUGACCUCCUGCUAACUAUUCUGGACUGAAUGCUGCUAGGAAGAAGAGAUCUGUUUAUGUACAUAUGAAUAAAGAAAUAUCAUUCUUCCGUCAAACUGGCUCUGUGGUAGGAUUCUGAAAACACAAAGAACAAAACAGAUGACAGUAUGUACAAAAGUAUUGUCUUCUUGAAACCAUAAGUUUGAUUAAUCAGAAUUAGAGCACAAGUUUUCUCAGCCCAGAGCCUCGUAUGCUCCCUGUUAAUAAAAACCAGAAGAGAAAUGGGCUUAAACAUAAACAUUUCCUCCACAUCAGGCAUCUGGCUCUUUUGUCUGAUUUUCUUUAAAAUUGCAUACUAAAACUAACUGUGAAUUUGUAAGAAAAAGUUCAGCACUGUUUCUUCUGUUUAAGAAGAAGAAUUACUGAUUGGUAUGGAGUAAUAAAAGUUAACUUAGGAAGGUCAGCAACCCCUGGGAUAUGGACUCCAUUUGAAUUAAGCAAUAUAAUUGCAAGAUACAUAAUCUAGUGAACGUCUUCCAAAAUCAACAAUCACUCUUGCACGGACAGCAAGGAAUAUCACUGUAUCUCUGAGUGAGGAAUUCUUGGUGCAAUUGGUGAGAAGAAAAAAUAAUGUAUUCCAUUUACUUAUUUGAUUUUGGUCUCCAAGUAAUGUUUCAUAUUUAAUUUUACUUUAAUGUUCCCGCGUACAGUGGCUAUUGGAAAAAAAAAACAAAACAACCCUACAUUUAAUACAGAUUUAGAUACGCUUUACUGACAUCUACUGGAUGAAAUCAUAACUGACUGCUCCACUCCAGCUUGAUUUUCUCUGACAUCGAGAAAUUGGAGUACCACAAUUUUGGAAGAAGCAUUUGUGGCUUUAUUUCCACCAUUUAAGUUCCAAGUGCUCAUAGCAUAUACAGUAUAUACUGUCCUAUCAUGGGAUAGUAAUUAUCUCACAUCUAAACUAUUUUAUCUGAAGAAAUCAAAGAAAACACAUUAAAAGUAGUUGUGCACAAAAAUAAAACUAAUUAACCAAUGCAACGCUUUGCAACUAUUAUGAAUAAUUCUGAGUAUAAUAACUGAGUUCAGUGACCCAUUAAUAAACAGAACAUCCCAAAAGAGUUGGUCAAGGUAGGACUCUGUAGAAAGCAGAAUGAACGAGAGGUUAUGAUCAUUGAGAGCAAAUAUAAGAUUAAUAAGUGUAACUUCACUGUUAAUAAUUAGCUGAUCAUCUCACAGUCUGGUCUGGCCUUACCCUUUCCAUAAAUAGCACCCGAAUGACCAGAGAGAGCUCUCACUGUCCUGCUAGCAGCACUGCCCUCACACUGCACCUUAUCCUCCAUAAUGGCAUUCAGUGGCACCUGGCAGGUCUAUGCUCAAGAGAACUAUGAAGAAUUUCUGAAAGCUCUUGUCCUCUUCUGUCUUUCCUCACAGCACUGCCAGAAGACCUUAU